UUUGUUGGUCACCAAAGGCGAUUAGUGAAUAGCUAGCCAUUCCUCUUGGUGUUUCGAUAUGGCUUCCAGGAUAGCACUCUUGUGCCUUCUUGGCUUGCUAGUAGCUUCAUCUGCAAGACCCGAUUCCGGUAUCUACUACCAGAUUGCCUUUAUGUGGCCAGGAGCGUACUGCGAGCAGACCAACGCCGGGUGCUGCAUGCCGACGACCGGCGUCGUGCCGGCUCGCGAUUUCUACAUAUCGGGCUUCACGGUCUACAAUGCGACAACCAACGCUCCCAAGACCCGCUGCAGCAAAACUCCGUUCAACCUUACCGAGAUUAUCGAGAUCGAAGGCCUGAAGCAGUACUGGAGCAACAUCAAGUGCCCCAGCAACAACGGCCAGAACAGCUGGAAGACCGCCUGGAAGAAGACCGGCGCCUGCUCCGGCCUCGAGGAGAAGGCCUACUUCGAGGCUGCCCUCGCACUGCGUAACAGGAUCAACCCCCUCGCUCGCCUCGUCUCCAAAGGGAUCAAGCCGGACUUUAGUCUGUACAGCGUGAAGAGGAUCAAGAAGGUGAUCCAGGCGGGCAUCGGCGCGACGCCGGUGAUCCAGUGCAGCAAGGGCCCGUUCGACAAGUUCCAGCUGUACCAGAUCUACAUCUGCGUGGCGGAUGACGGCGAGACGUUCAUCGACUGCCCGGCCGCGCCGAAGUACACGUGCUCCGACGAGAUCCUCUUCCACCCCUUCGAGAAGUGGAUGCUCAAGGAGCCGAAGGAAGGCGAGCCCGACGAAACCUUCGAGCUGCCGAGCGUGGCCAUGGAUCACUGAUCAGCUGCAUGCAUAUCGUCGUAGAGAUCGAUCCCCAGCUCGUCUCCUGUCAGUUUACGUGCGUUUCAGUCACGGAUGCAUGGAAUAAUGUUCCUGCCUUGUUGAUGUUCCUCUGGCGCGCGAGCGCGGCACUGUCUGAAUAAGUGUGGCCUUGUUUCUUCAGUUUUCUUUUCAUGCAUGGAAAUAAACUUUCUGUUGUACUUCAAGUACAUAUCCUCCAAUGAUAUGUCUUCCUGACUUAGCCUCAUGUUCAUUCGAGUAUACUCAAAAUUGUUGAGAUAUUGGAUCGAUCUUCGACAGUUUGCUACA